UUCAGUAGAUAAACAGAUCACCCUGUGAAGAAUUAACAGAGCUUAAUUAUGCAAUAUUUUGCCAGAGUUUUGUGUUGGUUCAAGAUUUGUAUCAAUGGGGAGUCUUCCUUUCUCUUACUGCUUUAGCUCUUUCAUCCUUUUCGCCAGCAUCAACUUGUUAUUAGCAGCUGAUAACAUCACUCAAGAAGUAUCCAUCCAGGACGGCGAGACAUUGAUUUCCUCCGCCCAAAGGUUUGAACUUGGCUUCUUCUCUCCUGGAAAUUCAACAAAAAGGUACCUGGGAAUAUGGUACAAGAAGAGCCCUGAGACAAUUGUCUGGGUUGCAAAUAGAAACAAUCCCAUUCUCGAUAGCAGUGGAGUUUUAACCAUUAGUGAAAAUGGAAACCUUGUUCUUCUUAGCAAAGCAAAGAACAUCGUCUGGUCUUCAAACAUUUCUGUAAAAGUUGAAAAUACAGUAGCCCGGCUCUUGGAUACUGGAAACUUUGUUCUUAUGGAUGCUUCUGAAAAUUAUCGAUGGCAAAGCUUUGAUUACCCAUCAGAUAUACAGUUACCAGGGAUGAAGUUGGGAUGGAACUUAAAGACUGGGCUAGAACGUUAUCUAACUUCAUGGAAAACAGCUGAUGAUCCAUCAUCCGGAGACUUUACUUUCAGAUUUAACAUUAAUUAUUUGUUACCAGAAUUGGUGAUCUACAGGGGAUCAACAAAAAUUGCCCGUAGUGGACCCUGGAAUGGGGUUUACUUUGGAGGAAUUCCCACAAAUCCAAAUUUGAUCUUUGAGAUGAUUCUGGUGCAUAAUGAGGCUGAGUUUUCGUACUGGUAUCAGCCUUUCAACGAUCCCCUCGUCAUGCUGGUAAAACUUACUCAAUCUGGAAUGAAACAGUGGCAAAUCUGGAACGAGAGGAGCAAUAAAUGGGAUCUGGUGUACUCAGCCCCAGAAGAUGUUUGUGGAAAUUACGGGCAUUGUGGUGCUAACAGUGUUUGCAGCAUUAACAAGACACCCAUUUGCGAGUGUUUGAAUGGGUUCGAAUCGAACUCAAAGUUCAACCAGACUUCUUCUCAAGGAUGCGUAAGAAGGCUGCCAUUGGACUGUGAAGAAGGAGAUGGGUUUAUAAAGGUUGAUAAUGUUAAAGUGCCGGAUUUGGUAGAUGUUUCACUGAAUGAGAGUAUGAGUCUUAAAGAAUGUGAGGCCAAAUGCUUGAGUAAUUGCUCUUGUAAAGCUUAUACCGAUUUCAAUGCAACUGGAGAUGGCAGUGGCUGCUUGAUGUGGUUUGGGGACCUGAUUGAUAUCAGAAAACUUGUUGAGAACAAAGGGACACAGGAUUUCUACUUACGAGUGCCUGCUUCAGAACUGAAGACAAACUCAAGCAACGGGACUUCAAUGGAUACAGAAGAUAAGAAGAACAAAGGAAACAGAAAGCUACUAUGGAUGAUUGUCACACCAAUAUUGUCCCUGGCAGUGGUCACUUUAGGCUUCCUUAUUCAUCAUGUAAGGAGAAAGCACAGAAGGAAAGGGGAGGAUCUGUUGCUAUUUGAUAUGCAUUUGGGGCAAAAGUCCGGUUUGGAGCUUACUGAAGAAAAAAAGCUUGGAAAAAAUUGUGGAAACGAAGUUAAAUUGCCAUUAUUCAGCUUUGCCAGUGUUUGUGCUGCAACAGAUAAUUUCUUAGCAACAAACAAGCUUGGUGAGGGCGGUUUCGGAACUGUUUACAAGGGAACACUGCUAAAGGGGGAUCAAAUAGCUGUGAAGAGGCUUUCAAGAAGAUCUGGGCAAGGAUGGGAGGAAUUAAAGAAUGAAGCAAUGCUCAUAGCCAAGCUCCAACACAAGAAUCUUGUUAGACUUCUGGGCUGCUGCAUUGAACAAGAUGAAAAAAUACUGAUCUAUGAAUACAUGCCAAAUAAAAGCUUGGAUUUCUUCCUCUUUGAUUCAUCGAAACGGAAGCUUUUAGACUGGAAGACACGCAUUCGGAUCAUUGAAGGGAUCGCUCAAGGACUUCUUUAUCUUCAUGAAUUCUCUACAAUGCGAAUCAUUCAUAGGGAUUUGAAGGUUAGCAAUAUUUUGUUGGAUAGAGACAUGAAUCCUAAAAUUUCUGACUUCGGAAUUGCAAGAAUAUUUCGAGAGAACGAGUUACAAGCAAACACAAGACGGAUUGUUGGGACUUACGGAUAUAUGUCCCCCGAAUAUGCCCUUGAAGGCAUAUUCUCGACGAAAUCUGAUGUCUUUAGCUUUGGAGUGCUGUUACUAGAGAUUGUCAGUGGCAAGAAGAGCACUGGUUUUUAUCAGAAUGAGUCUCCCAAUCUUCUGGGUUAUGCAUGGAAUAUGUGGACUAGUGACAAGGGAUCGGAGCUGCUGGAUCCAGAAUUAGAAGACCAAUCCUCCAUGAUUUUGCUACUGAGAUAUGUCAACGUAGGGCUGCUUUGUGUUCAAGAGAGUGCAAAAGACAGACCUUCCAUGACUGAAGUGGUGUCAAUGCUUAUGAACCAAGCUGCAAUAUUGCCUUCUCCAAAACAGCCUGCAUUUUCAUAUGUAAGAAAUAGCAGAAGUGUAAAUUCAUAUUCCAGUAAGUCAGAGAAAUGCACUGUAAAUAAUGUAACUCUUACAAUUUUGGAAGCUCGUUAAUGCUAUGGAUUUCUCUGUGAUUGUUUAUGUAUAA